GAAAAUCAAAUGCUAAAAUAUAACAUCCAGCCAAACGCGCCCUAAGCAGUGUAGUACUAGGUUGGUUUGUGUGAGGCGUGUUUUCUGCAGAGUCCAAAUCGUCGUCCUUGUGUUUCAGGCCGAAACUCCAACUACAACAGUGUGUGUGGAAAACUCCUAUUGCCAAGAUUUUCUAAUUUGACCACUUUUCUGGCGGUUAGAUUGCUAACUCAUUGAGUUUCCCUGUCAAUUUGGCUGACCGUUGGUUAUACAACUAUGAAAAAAAUCUACCCAAAACUAUAAUUUGAGGCUGUAAGCUUUUUGAGUGGUAAAGAAGCUACCUUGGAAGUAAUAUGGAGACUAAGCGCUGCAAUUUUUGGCUUCCCAACAAAAACAGAUUUUGUGCAAACACCCUUCUCAAUGGUUCUUUGUUCUGUGGUAAUCAUAUCUCAAGGUCCGAAGGCCAGUGGAUCCCAUGCCCCAUAGAUCCAUCCCACUCGGUACUUGAGCAAAAUCUCAGUUGGCAUGUUAAGCGGUGCCCAUUGCUGAAACAGGUUCAAUCUCUGUCCGACCAACCUUUCUAUCAAAAAGGUAUCAAUGCUGGUUCUGAUGGAGAACAACAAGAGGCGGAAGCUUCAAGGAUUAAUGAUUCAAGAUUGCCCACUCCAACCGUUUCUUCGGAAAUGAAGAGGAAUGCCCUUCAUAUGAUGAGUGUUCCUGAAUUUUGCAAUUUGAUUGAGAAGAUUGAAUCUAUACACGAUUCAUUGUGUAAAGAUAUUCAAGACUCGUUUCAGAUGCCAGAGGUUUGCAGCCUUUGGAUUAAAAGCAAAGAAGAAGAAAGGAAAUUGCCAUUUCAGGAGAAACAUAUAAUGCAGCAGGCAUCUAUUGUGGGAAAUUUGGAAGACUUUGGUGUAUUGAAGAAUUCUCUUACCAAGAAACCAUCAAAAUGUGAAGAGCCAGAUGAGGAGAAAGAGGACAGUGUCACUACAGUGAUUGAGUUUGGAGCUGGUAGAGGGUAUUUGACACAAAUGCUGGCAGAUUGUUAUGGAAUCAAUAGAGUCUUCCUCGUUGAGCGAAAGGCGUACAAGUUGAAGGCUGAUCGAUCCUUGCGACAGAAUGAGAGCUUGACGUUAGAGCGUUUGAGAAUUGACAUUGAAGAUUUAAAUUUGAAUGCUGUUGAGUCUUUGCAAGGAGUUCCAUUUCUGGCCACAGGCAAACAUCUCUGUGGAGCUGCAACAGAUUUGACUUUGAGAUGCUGCUUUCCUCAACAUAGAAAAAAUAGCAGUGAACAGAACAUUGCUAAUAUUAAUUUUGGAGGUUUAGCUAUAGCAACAUGUUGUCACCAUCUUUGCCAGUGGAAACACUACACAAAUAAAAGGUUUUUCUUAGAUUUGGGAAUGAAAAAGGAAGAAUUUCAUGCCAUUACAUGGUUUACCAGCUGGGCGGUAGAUGCUAAUCAUGGUUCAGAUCUUCCUGAUAUUACUAAUUGUAUAUCGCAUUUGCAAUCAAUAAAGGAGCAAGGUAAUGGAUAUACUGAUGGAGUUGAAAAAAUUCUCUCAGAAAUGGAAGCAACAAAACGAGCAGCAUUGGGAUUCAAAUGCAAGUGGAUUAUUGACAUAGGGAGGUUGAUGUGGUUAAGAGAACAUGGACUAGAUGCAAAGCUUGUCAGAUAUGUUUCACCAAGUAUUUCUCCUGAAAAUCAUUUACUAUUAGCUAAACCUUCUAAAUGAUUAUUUAUAUCCUUCUCUUCUUUAAUUUGUAUCCCUUUAGAAUAUUAUCUUAAAUUUCUUGUACUUUUCGAUGUACCAAAUAAAACAAAUAAAACGAGGAUCACAUUACGCCUGUGUUUGGAUC